AUGUCUUCCAACUUGUUUAAGGCCACAGUAAAUGAGCACUUAGAAAGUCUACCUGAGUCAAUGCAGUCCAGGUUGUAUGAGGCACCUGCAACAUGUCUAUCCAUUUACAGAUUGUUGCCGCCUAUUGCUAAAUUUUUUAUCAUGUCGAUGUUGUUUAGCGAAAGGCCAGUUCUUCUCAGAGACUUGGAUAAAUGGUGCAAACCAGGAACAAGGAAAGUGCAAUUCGAAUCGUUGAAAAGAUUGAAGUCAUUGCACUUGGUGCUUGAAGAUAAACUAGGAACGUAUAUAACGUUACAUCCGACAUUCCGGAAAAACUUCAGAGCCUGCCUAACUGGGAGUCAACAGGCAAAUGCAUUCGGGAACUUGGCCAAUGAUAGCGCAGAUGAUAAUGCUGGUGUGACCAUUUCAUUCCUUGAUUCAUUUGCAUUGAAUAAAUGGGAAACUAUAUUGCAUUUCAUGGUGGGGACAGAUCUGACGCCAACGCCAUCGGCUUCUGUAUUAUCAUUACUCAGACUGGGAGGAUUGAUGGAGACCAGUGCAAGUGAGGAUAUAAGCGGUCUUCGAAUCUCCAACACCGGGUUCCAGUUUCUUUUGCAAGACUCCAAUGCACAGAUUUGGACCAUAUUACUUGAAUACCUUAAGAUCUCAGAAGAGUUGAAUAUGGACCCUGUUGACGUUUUGAAUUUUAUUUUCAUACUCGGAAGUUUAGAAUUGGGUAAAGGUUACAUAGUCUCCUCGUUAAGUACCACUCAGCAAAACAUGUUGGCAGAUUUGAAGGAUUACGGACUCAUUUACCAAAAAUCAAGUGGACUGGGGAAAUUUUAUCCGACAAGACUAGCAACCACAUUAACCUCGGAUUCAGUAGCAUUGAAAUCUCCAGCAAUGGCUAUCGAAGAUGCGAACAACCAAGCGGAUUCAGAUUCUGCUGCAGCUGUGGCGGCAGCUGCCAGUACAGCAGACAGUUCCAGUUCUUCUGGAUCCAUCAUUCUUGAAACCAAUUUCAAGCUCUAUGCAUAUACGAACUCACCCCUAGAAAUUGCCAUUCUCAAUUUAUUCGUUCAGUUAAAGACAAGAUUUGCUAAUAUGGUAUGCGGCCAGGUGACUAGAGAAUCCAUCCGGAAGGCUUUGUACAAUGGGAUCACCUCUCAGCAAAUCAUCAAGUUUUUAGAGACCCAUGCCCAUCCCCAGUUGAAGAUUUUGGCCAGGGAGAAAUUAGACAAGAAGAUUGAAUUCGAUACUAAUAAUAAUAUCAACACUGCCGGUGGAGCACCACAAUCACAGCAGCAAAGAAAUGAAGCUUCAGCUUCUCAUAGACUUGAAAUCUUACCGCCGACUGUAGUUGAUCAAAUCAAGCUUUGGCAAUUAGAAUUGGAUAGAAUCCAAACUUUUGAAGGAUAUCUCUUCAAAGAUUUUGCUAGUCAGCAAGAGUAUGAUGUGCUCAGCAAUUAUGCUUCAGAAAUUGGAGUUUUGAUUUGGGCUGAUAAGGGUAAGAAGAAGUUUUUCAUUACAGAGCAAGGGAAGUCCCAAGUGGUGGACUUCGCAAAUAGAAAGUUACAGCGGUAG